CAACUUUCGAAAUCAUGAAAUUAGCUUCUCCAACUAUAAAUACAGUACUGAGUUACAUAGCAAUUAUGUAUUCGUCAAGUGCACUAUUUAUAUGAGAAGCAAGGAUGAAAUGUGUUUCAUUUAUCGCCAUCAUUUUAUUAUUACAUUUUUCAAAAGCAAACGGGGAUGAUUCCGAAAGUGAAUCUGAAUCAUCAUCUGAACUGCCUCAGAAUGAACUGAUAAAAUGCAUCCGUAAACAGGCCUGUGAUUGUGGAAAUGCGAAUUCACUUCGGAAAUGUAUUGAUAAUACAGAUGAUGCGACGGUUAACAUUGUAUUUAACAAGACUGCAACUUGUGCUGGACUGGAAAACACUAGAACAUUUCAGGCCGUUGUGGAAAGUGCCUGCAACCAGGACAAUGAAAGCUUGCUAGAAUGUGCAGAGACAAAUCUAUUGCCAGAUGAUUUUCUAAAUUUCAUUAGGCUAAUCUAUGGAGAUCUCCAGUUUGAAACAAAUGGCGAAGAAGAAAGACGAAACGAGGAAAAAAGCAUCUUUUAUUUCUUGAAUUGUGUGCCGACAGUUUUGACAAAAUGUAGAGUUCCUGGAGAAUCAUGUUAAGAAGUCUUCUCAAGACUUCAUAAAUAAAGAUUGAUUGCAAAAGGAACAAUACUCACUGAAAAUGUCUACGGCGUUUUGCUGUUUUGAAGAGCCACAAACAAAAGUAAAGUUUUUGUAAAGAACUUAAAGGACAAAGCUCUAAGUGUGUAUCAAAAAUGUAUGCAGGAAGUAUUUGUUCAAGUUCGAAAUAAAUAAACUUUUUAUUUAGUUUA